AUGGAGACACUGCAUGAGACAUGGAGCCGGUUUAAAGGAAUGUUGGUUAUAUGUCCACACCAUGGUAUUCCAGAUCAGAUGUUGGGACAACAGUUUUACAUGGGACUGUCAGAUAGCAUGAAGAAUAUUAUAGAUGCCUCAGCUGGUGGGGCAUUUUUGAGCAAAACUUGGAGAGAAGGUCAGAGUCUGCUUGACAAAAUGGCUCAAAAUUCGAGGUGGACGACGAGGAAUGCACCCAUCACUCCAGUGGUGCACUCAGUGCCUUUUGACCCAUCAAAUUCUAUGGCUGAAAAUGUGGCGACGCUCUUGACACAGAUGAGCAUACUCACCAAAAAGGUGGAGGAAUCAGGGCAGAAACAGCAAGUGCACAUUGUAGAUACUACCAAUGGGGGCUUGUGCACAUCUUGCAUCAGUCAGCCAAUGGGUAAUCCUUGGAAUGCAGAACAUGAUCAUCAUCAGCAGCACCUUGAAGACAUGAACUAUGUGUCAAACUAUGGAGGCCAGAAACAGGGCAAUCAGAACUGGGGUCAGCAAACUCAGCAUCCAUACAGACCACCUCAGCCACAGUACAACGCUGGAAACAUGGAUGGUAUGAGACCCCCCAACAAUAUGGCACCUUAUCCAAGGUCACAGGGGUACAACAAUCAACAGCAAGGGUAUCCCCCACCUCAGCAACAGCAGGGUGGAAGGCAAAAAGAAGGGUUCACUAGACUUGAAGCAAUGAUACAGCAGGUUAUAGGAUCCAAUGCAAAGGGGACGCUACCUGCAGAUACCCAAAUCAAUCCUAAAGAUCAGGGCCCGAAGCAGCUGAUGGCGGUGAGUCUCCGUAAUGGCAGGGAUCUUGAUGUAGAGCAGGAGAGAGCUCGUGACAAUAUACAGGCUGAGACACUCAUUCAGGUACCCAUUGAGCUAGAUGAUUCCACAAGGCUGACAGAUGUGACAAUCCAGCCUGCUCAGGAAGAAAAGAACACUCAGUUGGCCAAGCAUCAAAAGGAGGAGCAGUACAAAAAGUUCUUUGAGAUGCUCAAGCAAAUUCAGGUUAAUAUUCCAUUGAUUAAAGCUUUAAAGGAGAUGCCUGGAUACGCAAAAAUGAUGAAAUACUUAAUGUCCCAGAAAUUUGACUUCCAAGACUUGGCCACGGUGACACUUACUCAGACGUACAGUGCAGUGGUAACUAGACCUGUUGCUGAAAAACUCUCUGAUCCAGGGAGUUUUACUAUUCCAUGCACUAUUGGAAACUUUGCUUUUGCGAAAGCACUCUGUGAUUUAGGGGCUAGCAUUAAUAUUAUGCCCCUGGUCAUUUACAAAAGGUUGGGCAUUGGGAGAGCUAGACCCACCUCUAUGUUGUUGCAGCUAGCUGACAGGACUAUGAAGCGUCCAUUUGGGAUCCUUGAUGAUGUACUUAUUCAGGUGGGGAAAUUCGUGUUCCCUACAGAUUUUGUGAUAUUGGAUUGCAAAGUGGAUGAAGAAAUCCCUACCAUCUUAGGAAGACCAUUCUUGGCCACAGGGAGAGCUCUUAUUGAUAGUGAGACCGGGGAACUUAAGAUGAGGCUCAAUGACGAAGAGAUUAUAUUCAAUUCUAAUGAUGAAGUGUUGACGGUUGAAGAUCCCCUCGCUGCAUGUUUGACGAAUUUGGAGGAAGUGAAUGGUGAGGAUUUGGCGGCAUGGGUGUUGGCACUGGAAG